AUCUCCCAGAGGAGCCCCGGCUCCAAACCUCCCUCUAUAUCGAGGUGGGCACCAGGGCGACCGCCCGCUGUAGGGUGGCCGGGGUCUUCCCCGUCGCGGGAGAGGCCUGGUUCAGCCUGUCCUUUGGGGGAGAGAGCCUGAACUUCACCGUCACCACGUCGGGUGACACGGCCACCGCCCAGGGCGAGGUUCGGUCCCCGUCCCCGGGACAGCACCAGCUGACCUGCACCGUGACUGUGGGGCCCGUGUCCAGAUCCGCAGGGCAGAGCGUUCUCGUUUACCGUCUCCCUGAGCCCGUCCUGGAGGUAACCGAGUCCCAGACCCUCGUUAACAGCAGCGUGACCGUUACGUGCCGUUCUCCUGAGGCCGACCCCCCGGGCGUCCUGCUCCAGCUCAGAGAGGCCGAGCGAGUCCUGGUCUCCAGCGCCCCCGCCCCCGGCCAGCCCCAUGUGCAGUUCCAGCUGACGGCUGGCGAGGAAGACAACGGGAGGGAGUUCACGUGUGAAGCAAGGCCUGGCUCCGACAUCCCCGCCGUGAAACGCACGUCUGCCAGGCUCACUGUCCUCUACGGGCCCAGGAUGGACGACUCCGGCUGCCCCAGGGAGUGGAUCUGGAAGGAGGGGACAGAGCAAACCUUCUCCUGCCUGUCCCGGGGGAACCCAGCGCCAGACGUGGUGUGCAUGAAGGACGGGGUGCCCGUCAGCAUCGGGGUGCAGCGGCAGGUCAGCAGAGAGGACGCCGGGACCUACCACUGCAAAGCAUCCAACGCGCACGGCUCGGCCAGCCGGGAUGUGACCGUCCAGGUGGAGUAUCUCAACAUCCUGGUGUUGGCACUGGGGCUGGCAGGUGCGGCUGCUGCUCUGACCGUACUAGGCGUCGGGGGCUACCUGUACUACCGCUCCACGAGAAUCCGAAACUACCGGCUCAGACAGCAGCAGGCCAAGCAAGCCAAGCAGGGGAAGCCGGCCGAGCAGAUGAGCCUGAACGGGGCCGUACAGAACAAACCUGAACUGGAGCACAGCGUCUAGGCCUGGAGUGCAGGACCCGGAGCCCUGGGGCUCCUCGCUGCUGCUUUUCCCCUUCGCCCCCGGGGAGCCCCUGUUAACUCUUGGGAUGCUGGGCAAUGCCAAGAGCCUGGCGGUUCACGGCCUCUGCACUGGCAGCACGGGCCCCUCCCAUGCACACACCAGCUGCUCUCCGGAGAGCAAGGAUCAGAGGGAGGGAGGCCUCCGGAGCGGGGCAGACACCCCCAGGACGUCCAGGGCUGGAAUCUCCCGUGUCCUUGGCCGGAGGGACGUCUGGCUGCAGCUGAGCUCUGCCCUGCUGGGGAAGCAGGUGGCUGGGAGACCCCAGGCCCAGCAGGAAACGCCUGUAACACUAAAGUCGGAACAGUUGUGCCGGGAGGGGAACGGCGUUAACGGCCGCCUCUAACCACUUCUCCUAGCGAUGGGGAAGGCGCCUCCGAGCCGCACACCAGCUCUGUCCCAGCUGGGGAGGCGGCCGCCCGGGGCACGUGCGACGGACCCACGGGAUCACUGUGAAAACGGUUCGACACUAACCAGACGGGCUUUGGGAUCGCCGGGUCUGUGCAACGGAGACGGGCCGUGGGGUCCGUUACUCGGAUCAGCUGAAUCACAAGACGCUACGUCCCCGCUCCACCGUAUCCCCGGCGAUGGAGCAGACUCAGGGAUACCAGGUCUCCCCCGCCUGUGGGGCUGAGCUGGGCGCGGCGUGGCAGGGACCAGGGUCUGCGCUUCACGGCCCGGUACGGGGGGGGGGUCAAUGACGUUAAUAACUGGAAGCGAAAGCCCCCAGUCUGUGUGAAGAGAGCGUAAGGGAGAGACUCGGGCAGGGGGCGAAGGGAACUGUUCGUAUGUUACAGGCAAACGGUGGUAAAUUCCCCUUCGGGA